UCCGGACGCCGCGCAGGGCGGGGCCCUGCGGGAUGUGAAGGCGCUGGGCUCGCCGUCCCCCGUGGAGGAGGCGAGGCGGGAGCGGCCAUGAAGGCGGGAGCCACAUCCAUGUGGGCUUCCUGCUGUGGGUUGCUGAAUGAAGUCAUGGGUACCGGAGCUGUCCGUGGCCAACAGCCAGGAUUUGGGGGAGGUACUGGCCCAUUCAGAUUUGCACCAAAUACAGACUUCUCAGCAUAUCCAUCUUCAGGAGCCAAUAUAGUCUGCAAAGCCUGUGGGCUUUCAUUUUCAGUUUUUAGGAAAAAGCAUGUGUGUUGUGACUGCAAGAAGGAUUUUUGCUCAGUUUGUUCAGUCUUACAAGAAAAUCUCAGAAGAUGUUCUACUUGUCACUUGUUACAAGAGACUGCAUUUCAGCGGCCUCAGUUAAUGCGAUUGAAAGUCAAGGAUCUGCGUCAGUAUCUGAUCCUUAGAAACAUACCAACAGAUACUUGUCGAGAAAAGGAAGACUUGGUGGAUCUUGUACUCUGCCAUCAUGGAUUAGGUUCUGAGGAUACAGACACUAGUAGCUUGCAUUCUUCAAGGUCACAGACUUCUAGUUUUUUUACACAUCCAUUUUCUCUGUCUGUAUCAGUGUCAUCCUCUCAAGAACUUACAAAUAGAAGAGAAAGCACAGAAAAUGGAACACCUGUACAGGGACAAAGUGGAAUGCCUUCUUCAAAUAAUGAAGAAGAAGAAGACGACGACGACGCAGAAGAGCAGACCCCUAGCAUGUCCAGAAAGCGAGCAAGAGCAUCAUUGUCUGAUAUUUCAAGUCUGGAAGAUAUUGAAGGGUUGAGUGUUCGACAGCUGAAGGAAAUACUUGCUCGAAAUUUUGUCAACUAUUCAGGAUGCUGCGAAAAAUGGGAACUUGUGGAGAAAGUGAGCAGGCUGUACAGAGAGAGUGAGGAAAAUCACAGGACACAGGGAGAGAAGAUGCAACUGACUGAGAACGAUGAUAAUCUGUGUAGGAUCUGCAUGGAUGCAGUAAUUGACUGUGUUCUUCUGGAAUGUGGUCACAUGGUCACUUGCACAAAGUGCGGCAAAAGAAUGAGUGAGUGUCCCAUCUGUAGACAGUAUGUUGUACGAGCAGUGCAUGUAUUUAAAUCUUAAGACCAAAAAUAUGUUUUAUAGCCACCCCAAGUUCCCGUAUUUCUGGGGGCAGGACUGAUGAAGCUUGUUAUGUCAAACAGUUUCAAUAUGAAUCAAACAUUUUGAACAGCAGGCUACAGCAGCAUUUGAAACACUUUCCUCUGACAUAAUUAAAAUUGCAAUUUGGCAACAUGUGUACUGCAGGAGCUGCCUGAGUUACCUUAUAAAGCCACGAACUGUUUAAGUCCAACUGUUUACAGCAGAUCUAGCAUCACUUAUUGCUCUCUUCUGAACACCACCACCUUAAUCAUAAAUUUGGUGAAGGGUCCAGUAUAGUCAGCGGAAAACUGCUUUACCAUGACCACCUUAUUGGAUGAUUAUAGUCUGGUUCAUUAGGAGCAAUGCAUAAGCACCAAUUAAACUUUAAUAUAUUAAAUAUUACUCUUAAUAGAAUGUAACUGUUCUGACACUCUUGCCCAAGAGUGUCAAAACAGUCAAUAAAACAAGAUUGUAGAAAGCACUGCCAUUACAUAAGUGUUUCUAUGCAGGUACAGCUAAUCUAUUUUCAUGCUUAUUGCUUCAUUCAGAAUGUCGGUCUCAUUACAUAUAUAUUGUGUACUGUCCUUUCACAUUCUUUAUCAAAGUGAAUUGCGUAUUCCUACAUAGCUCUGUUUAAUGGCAGCCAAAUGCUAAUUACUCAAUGUUGAGUUUAAAAAUAAAAUGUAGUUAGAGGGUACAGGUGUUAACUUCAGUGGUCCCAAAUUCAUUCAAACCUAUAAUCUAUAUUUUGCAAAGACUGUAUUCCAUGUACUAGGAACUUAAUGUGAAUACAGAUCAAUUAUAGUGAAACUAGUAGAUGCUAACUUUUGGGGGUUAUAGUAUUACAAACCUUAACCCAUUAGCUUUUCUGGGGUGGCAAUGGGUUGAGCGUAAGGAAGGAAAAACAGGAUUAAGAAGAAUUGUAGUUUAGUGUUUUGAAUCAAGACUAGGGUAGUGAACAAAAUUGCCUCUCGGUUGACCCCUGUGAAAUAGGUUAUUCAGGCCAGUUCCUAGAUACUAUCAAACCACCAUCAGGGGCAAUAGUUGUUCCUUUAGAAUUCAAAAACUUCCCUUAAAGGGUCCCCCAGCUCAGUGAAAGUAGGUUUUGAGGGAAAUAAUGAAGUGUAGUAGGAAGCCAGUAUUGCCCAUGACCUUUGCUGUAAUCUGUUUUAGGGCUAGAUACUUAACAGUAUAACCACUCUUUUUUAAGGGUGAGAUCUAAUGGCAGUUAUUGAAAUGCCUUUAACAUUAUCCUGUGACAACUUUAAUCUGAGUUGAAUUUUACUGGGCAAAUGGUGUUGCACAAAAACUAACAUUGCAUAGUGGGUUUUAAUAUACCUGGGUAUCUUUCAACUUUCUGUACAACCCACUAUUCAAUUCCCAGUGUUCACCUAGUUUGAGAAGGUAGAUUGUGUUUUUUUUUUUUUUUUUUGGCAACUGGAGAAAUUAGUACAUUAAAAAUACUCUUGGUUUUCUGUACAGUAGAUAGUUGGAGGUAUACUGCCUCCCACACCUACUUGGGCCUAGAAUGUGGUCUAGAGCCAGGACUUACAGUGGGAUUUCUGUAUUAUUUUGAUAAAAGUACAAGAUGCUGAAGUGAGGGCAUAAAUGCAGGAAAGAUACUUUUAAGCUAGAUUCACAUCUUUUAUGGAUGGUGUGUGAGAAGCUAGCUUUAGCACUGAUACUCUAAUUUAACAGAAAUGGAGCUUUGAGCUUUUUUUUUUUUUAAAAAAAAGUAGACUCAAGUGCUGCAAUUCAAUUACAGUACUCCAUAAUAGAGGUGGUAAGAGUUGGAAAUGGAAGACAACCUAUGUGCCUAGCUUACCAUAUUCUACUUAAUUCUUUAAAAUAACCAGCCAAAAACAACCCUGGAAUCUUUAUUGCACAACCCCCUAUCAUUCUUAAAGAAAACUACUCCAAAACUUUAUGCACAAGCUGGAUAUUGGCUAAAUUAGCAAAUUUGUCAAUACUUCUAAAUAACAGGAACUAUAAAAACAGCUGCUGAUGUUUGGUACAAUUCAAAAUAAAAUAUGCAGUUUACAGAGAAUCUUUAACAAACAUUACUGCUUAUUUCAGAAGGGAGCAAAACUCUGCCUUUAUUUUUUUUUUUUUUUUUAGAACUUUCUAAAGUUCUUGUUCAGUUGGUAAGUUAAUGUAGGGGAAUGUAGCAUAUGCAUUACUUCCAUUCUGAACAAUGGCUGAGAAUUUAAUAAAGGUUUGUAAGUGGUCUGGG